AUGGACGUGGACGUGGACAUGGACGUGGACGUGGACGUGGACGUGGACGUGGACUUGGACGUGGACGUGGACAUGGACGUGGACGUGGACAUGGACGUGGACGUGGACGUGGACGUGGACAUGGACGUGGACGUGGACGUGGACAUGGACGUGGACGUGGACAUGGACGUGGACGUGGACAUGGACGUGGACAUGGACGUGGACGUGGACGUGGACGUGGACGUGGACGUGGACGUAGACGUGGACAUGGACGUGGACGUGGACGUGGACGUGGACGUGGACGUGGACGUGGACGUGGACGUGGACGUGGACGUGGACGUGGACGUGGACAUGGACGUGGACGUGGACGUGGACGUAGACGUGGACGUGGACGUGGACGUGGACGUGGACGUGGACAUGGACGUCGACGUGGACGUCGACGUGAACAUGGACGUGGACAUGGACGUGGACUUGGACGUGGACGUGGACGUGGACGUAGAAAUGGACGUGGACGUGGACGUGGACAUGGACGUGGACGUGGACGUGGACGUAGAAAUGGACGUGGACGUGGACGUGGACGUGGACGUGGACGUGGACAUGGACGUGGACAUGGACGUGGACGUGGACGUGGACGUGGACAUGGACGUGGACGUGGACGUGGAUGUGGACGUGGACGUGGACGUAGUUAUGGACGUGGACGUGGACGUGGACCUGGACGUGGACAUGGACGUGGACAUGGACGUGGACAUGGACGUGGACAUAGACAUGGACGUGGACAUGGACGUGGACGUGGACAUGGACGUGGACGUGGACGUAGAAAUGGACGUGGACGUGGACAUGGACGUGGACUUGGACGUGGACGUGGACAUGGACGUGGACAUGAACGUAGACGUGGACGUGGACGUGGACAUGGACGUGGACGUGGACGUGGACGUGGACAUGGACGUGGACGUGGACAUGGACGUGGACGUGGACGUGGACAUGGACGUGGACAUGGACGUGGACAUGGACGUGGACGUGGACAUGGACGUGGACGUGGACAUGGACGUGGACGUGGACGUGGACGUGGACGUGGACGUGGACGUGGACGUGGACAUGGACGUGGACAUGGACGUGGACUUGGACAUGGACGUGGACUUGGACGACGUAGAAAUGGACGUGGACGUGGACGUGCACAUGGACGUGGACGUGGACGUGGACGUGGACGUGGACGUGGACGUGGACAUGGACGUGGACGUAGAAAUGGACGUGGACGUGGACGUGGACAUGGACGUGGACGUAGACGUGGACGUGGACGUGGACGUAGACGUGGACGUGGACGUGGACGUGGACAUGGACGUGGACAUGGACGUGGACGUGGACGUGGACGUAGACGUGGACGUGGACGUGGAGGUGGACGUGGACAUGGACAAGGACGUAGAAAUGGACGUGGACGUGGACGUGCACAUGGACGUGGACGUGGACGUGGACAUGGACGUGGACGUGGACAUGGACGUGGACGUAGAAAUGGACGUGGACGUGGACGUGGACAUGGACGUGGACGUGGACGUGGACGUGGACGUGGACGUAGACGUGGAUGUGGACGUGGACGUGGACGUGGACGUGGAUAUGGACGUGGACAUGGACGUGGACGUGGACGUGGACGUAGAAAUGGACGUGGUUGUGCACGUGGACGUGGACAUGGACUUGGACAUGGACGUGGACGUGGACGUGGACGUAGAAAUGGACGUGGACGUGGACGUGGACAUGGACGUGGACGUAGGCGUGGACGUGGACGUGGACGUAGAAAUGGACGUGGACGUGGACGUGGACAUGGACAUGGACGUGGACGUGGACAUGGACGUGGUCAUGGAUAUGGAGGUGGACGUGGACGUGGACGUAGACGUGGACGUGGACAUGGACGUGGACAUGGACGUGGACGUGGACGUGGACGUGGACGUGGACGUAGACGUGGACGUGGACAUGGACGUGGACGUGGACGUGGACAUGGACGUGGACGUGGACAUGGACGUGGACGUGGACGUAGACAUGGACGUGGACGUGGACGUGGACGUGGACAUGGACGUGGAUGUGGACAUGGACGUGGACGUGGACGUGGACAUGGACGUGGACGUGGACAUGGACGUGGACGUGGACAUGGACGUGGACGUGGACAUGGACGUGGACGUGGACGUGGACGUGGACGUGGACAUGGACGUGGACAUGGACGUGGACUUGGACGUGGACGUGGACUUGGACGUGGACGAGACGUGGACGUGGACGUGGACGUCGACGUGGACGUGGACAUGGACGUGGACGUGGACGUGGACAUGA